GGGGGGGGGUGCGUCAGAGUAUACGUAACACAUGAAAAAUGAUUUAUCUAUUCGAAUAUAAAUAAACCAACAUAUCUUUAUAUCUAUUUGCUUAUAUAUUCAUUUAGUUAUCUAGUUUUAUAUUGUGUUGGGACAGAUCUGCAGCUGUUGCAAAAAGAGAGAGGAGGAAGAGAAGACAACAAUAACACACCUAAAGAAGAAGAAGAAUAAUCCAGCCUCCUAAAUCACUGAAGAGGUAAAAAGAAGUUCCCAGCCUCCUAAAACACUGCUGAAGAAGAGGAAGUGUUACGGUGUGCCUACCCAGCCCUUACAACACUGACAGAGGCAGUGUUGUGGCGUGCAGGACAGACGUGAGGGCCGUGACACGUGACCUGACCUGACCUCGCGCUGCCCUGGACGAGACGAGGUGAUGCUGCUCCUCUGCCUGGCCCUGUAGCCCGUGCCUUCAUCCCGGGGGCGGCGUGGUGAGUCGCUGGCCUGCCUCUGCUGUGUGCCUUGUGCCGGGGUCAGAAGCACUAUAAUAGGGCAUAUACCUCUUCAAAAUGGCUGAAGGAAUGUUGUCAUUGGCAUGGAACAACCACAGUUCAACCUUUGGUCACAUGCUGUCAACAGUUCGGGAUUCGGAAUUAUACACUGAUGUAACAAUAGCGUGUGAUGGAAAGUUUUAUCCUGCCCAUAAAUUAGUUUUAUCAACUUGUAGUGAUUAUUUUUACAAAAUAUUUGAAAGAACACCAUGUAAGCAUCCAGUUAUUGUGAUUAAAGAUGUGGCAUGUAAAAACAUGGAAGCAUUACUGAACUACAUGUAUGCAGGUGUAGUGAGUGUAAGUCAGAGUGACUUAGCCCAGCUUAUAAGAGCUGCAGAGUUACUAGAAAUAAAAGGACUGGCUGUCCCCGAUGAGCCUCCCAGUGGCACCAAAAGAUCAGUGCAAACCCGAGACACCUCUGUGGACGGAAGCAGCUCAAACCCAAAGAAACUCAGACGGGAGGAAAAAAGGACAUUGAAUCAAGUUGAAGCACCUUGCAUUGAUUCCUCUGUUCCCUCAUCUCAGUCAUCAUCAAAAAAAGAUGAUGGUCAAGGAGAACAGAUGAAUAGCAAUGAUAUAUUUAACAAUAAAAUGAAUCAAAGACAGUCUCACAGUGAAUGUAGGCAAGAAAGGAAAGAAAGUCUCGGCUAUAGCAGGAGGUCAGAAGAACUGGGCACCGACAAUGGACAGGAUCACCUGAACCCUGAAGGACGAAGUCAGAAUGAGGUGGCAAAUGAGAGUGCCAUCAAGGAAGAAAAAGUAGAACCAGAUGAAAGUGAAGCAGCAGAGAUGGGCUUUGAAUAUGAGUCUUUAGUGACUGACCUUGUUGGAAGUGAAGAAGGAACCAAAGAGCAUUCCAGUGCAUCAGAUACAUCCUUCAAUCACUCACUGAAUGCAGAGUCCUACAGUGCUGAAGCAGGACCAUCUGGUUUGCAGCCGUGGCCAGUCCUUGCUGAAGGUGGAGAGGCUUCAGGAGUUAGUCAAGGAUAUGCUGGAGGCAGCCUUUCCUUAGCAAGUCACCCUGGACAACAGCCACACCAGAUGCAGCACAUGAUGGGAUCUGAAAGUGACUGCCAGUGGGUGGAACAUGGCCCAGCUCAGGGGCCACCAUUCAGCCUUGUCCUCAGGGACAACAAGAACCAGCACCUCAGGAAGGCCUACAAGAACCACCUUGGGGUAGUACACCAGUGCCCAUUUUGUUCCUACAAGACAAGUUUUCGCCAUAACCUGACGAAGCACGUGAGGAUCCACACUGGGGAGAAGCCGUUCGUGUGCUCCCUGUGCCCAUUCCGGACCAACCAGAACAUCAGUCUCCAGAGGCACGUGCUGAAGAUACACAAGGAAGCGACACACAGUCAAGAGAGAGUCCAAGGCAGGAUACAGGAAGCCCCACAAGUAUAGCUGCAGCAGAACGGGAUGCAGCUCAUCUUGUUGCACUUCAUUUCAUCACAGACAAAGUGUGUAUGGCUUGUGAAUUUGAGUGAAUCUGUGAAACUUUGCUCUCAUAGUAUUUUCAUGUUUACAGGAUAUAGUAUCAGAUAUAUUGUAUAUGUUGAUUACUUUUCCAGUCAUAGUGUAAAAGACAAUUGAAUGUUCAAAUACAGAACACAAAGUAAAAUUAUGGUGUAUAUUAAAAUGUGUAUGAUUUACAUCCUUAUAUUUUUGGUUUUAUAUUUUUCUCCUAUUGGUUUAUAUCCCUAAUAUUAAUUAAUUUUUUUUUAUUUCAUAAUGUAGUUAAGUAUUUAUUUCUAUCCUCUUACUUGAUUUCAUUGAGAUUCCUAAAAUGCAGUAGGACUGGGUUUUAAAGAGUGGGACUGGGCAGUGGGAGCAAAGCAGUAGUUGCAAAUUGCAAUUAUGUGGAAUUUUCCCAUGACCCAAAUUUGUAUGCAUCUCAGAAUUUGCAUCCAGCAGAGGUUACUCAUUGACAUGUCCAUGUUAUUUACUUCAUAGUGUUUCAUUUCUGCUUGUGCUUCAGCUAUCUUGUAAGCAGGAGCAAUGACCUCAAUAUGGCCAAUAUUAUGCUUGAUGGAACAGCCAAGGUUGGCAGGUAGGGAAGAUCACAUAUGUGAAGAGGUGACAUGUAUGUAAGAUGGGAAUGUCAUUUCUUAUUUACUUUGAAGCACAAAUUGCAUAUGAUGAAGUUCUACUUGCAGAUGUGAAGGCUUAUUUAUAUUUUAAGAUCCCCUUUGCAUACUUAAUGAUUUGCGUACUACAAACACGCUUUUAAGUGACACUAUGUACUUGAUAGCAACUGCUGUGUUCAGGCUUUGCUGUUUUAACUUGCUAACACAAAUAGCAGAGAAAGGGGUCUCACAGUGGCAGGUUGAUCCAAAAGGCAUUGAUGUUCUUAAGGUCUUUUUCUUCAGUCAGUGUCCACAUCUCAUACAACUCCAAAACCUAACUAGAAUUGAACUUUGGACUUCUUGCAGUGUUUUCUGAGACAAAUGGGACACAUCCAGCAAAGUUACCAAUUCAAAAAGACUGAUGACAUGAUGGCAUGAAGAAUAUUCUCAGGUGUACCUUUAGCUAUUGCACAUUUUAUUAACUAUUCAUAUCACACUUAUAAAUAUUUUAUUUUUGCUUUUACUUCCAUCUUUUACACCUCUGUGGUGCAGUGGUUAGCAUGCCUAGCUAUAAAUCCGCAGGCCUGGGUUCGAUCCUGGACCAGGCAGAUUGCUCCCGGCUUACUCAGUUGUUUUUCCUCCAUUUUGAGCUGGUAAGUAAAUGGGCACCUGGGGAAGGUAAACUGUUGUAGCCUAGAUUUCACACUUGCUCUGUGUCCCAGGUAGUGGAUUCUUACCCAUUACAGGCUGACAUGUCAAUGAAACGGACAUGAGUACUUUUAAUAUUCCAUCUAGUUAGAGGGCAUGCUAUUCUCGAGUGAUUAAUUUCCAUCACAUAUAUCCUCAUUGGCUGUGCCCCAUUCUAUCACCACAUUUCUGUUUCAUGGCUGAUAGAUACACACUGCAUUGUAGCCCCAUCUUAAAAUCCAGAGCUACAUCUCUUCCACAUAUAACUGUAAUGUAAUAAAUUUUGAUUUUAUUCUUCUUCCGUACGCCCAUAUGUAUAAAAAACUGUUCUUGGAUGUAUAAACUCCUACACUUCUGUAGUGUUCUCUUCUAAAAAAUAAAAAAUAAAAAAAAUAAAAUAAAAAAAAACUUAAAGUUUACAUCCUGCUAUUAUGCUUGGCAUCUUCACUCUGUUAGGUGUUUCGUUGUAAAUUGCUCAUGCCUGCUUCAAAACUGAAUGCAGUAUUGCAACAGAAGCUAUAAGAAAAUGACUAGUGUGGGCAUGAUGCUCAGAAUACUUAACUACAAAAUUAGAUUUGUAAUCUUUCAUCAUAAUUUAGUAAAAUGUUUUGGAGGAACUAGCUAGAACAAAUCUACUCAGCAAUUGUUGACUAGGUUGAGU